AGUAGAUCCUGCAUCGAAUUUCAUCACUCAUUCACUCACCACCACCAUGUCUCGCCCUGUUGUCUUCUUCGACGUCGCCGUCAACGGCACCCCCCAGGGCCGCAUCGUGUUCGAGCUCUUCUCCGAUAUCGUCCCCCGGACUGCUGAGAACUUCCGCGCCCUUUGCACCGGUGAGAAGGGAUUCGGCUACAAGGGAAGCUCGUUCCACCGCGUGAUUCCUGAAUUUAUGCUGCAGGGCGGUGAUUUCACACGGGGAGACGGCACCGGUGGUCGAUCCAUCUACGGCGAAACAUUCCCCGACGAAAACUUUGCCUUGAAGCACGAAGUCCCCGGUCUUCUCUCUAUGGCCAACGCUGGCCCCGGCACCAAUGGCUCCCAAUUCUUCAUCACCACCGUUGUCACCGAUUGGCUCGACGGUGCCCACGUUGUCUUUGGACGUGUUAUCCAGGGCAUGGACCGCGUUAAGAUGAUUGAGUCCCUGGGAACCCCCUCGGGCGCUCCCCGUGCCAGAGUUCAGAUUAUCGAGUCUGGUCAGCUGCAGUGAGGGGAAAGGGUUUGACGAUGACAUGGAUGGAAUAUACAGAUGGGAAGAACUUUAACCACCAAAUUGUAGAUUAAAGAUAGCAACUCGAGAUCGUUCAUUACAUCGAACUGCGAUAUUUCUCAGCUA